AUGUUUGGCGGAGAGAUUCGAACUUUGAUUCCACCAGCAGACGACGGCGGAUGCCUCUUGACCAGCUGCCGAUUUGCUUUACAAAGAAUUCAUGCUGACGCUGUUUCCGAGGCAAUCUCCUUCGGUCAAGAGGAAUCCGCCGUCGUCUUCUGGUGGAAUCGACCUUCAAAUCUCUUCACCAAACACUUUUACUCGAAAUGGAAGAGAUCCCCUCGGAAACAGCAUCAACAAGAAUCUUCCAGGAAAGCCAAUCUACAGCUGGUCAAGAGGAACCCGCCGUCAUCUUCCGGUGGAAUUGAUCUUGGAAACUUUUCACCAAAUCCUUUCACUCGUAAGGGAAGUGGGCUCAACAAAUAUGGUUUUUCGCUCAAGCCAGCAUUUGGAGAUGCGCUUACAAGCGCUGGAUUUAAUUCUUCUCCUACUUGUCUCUCUGUGGCUAGAGCAAAGUGUACAUAG